GGGGCCCAGUUUCCAUCCCUCACCACAGGAAAUCUGUGUGGUUUAAAUGCAAGCCAGAGUCUCUUUUCACAGGCUGCUUGAAGAACAUACGGCAGCAUGGUCAGUCGUGUGGAGCAUCCUGCUGGAGGCUACAAGAAGAUCUUUGAGACAGUGGAGGAGCUGAAUGAACCGAUACCUGCUAAGAUCACUGGUAUUAUACCGUCAUGGCUGGGUGGCAGUCUUCUCAGAAUGGGUCCAGGUCUUUUCGAGAUCGGAGAUGAACCCUUCUACCACCUGUUUGAUGGACAGGCUCUCAUGCACAAGUUUGACCUAAAGGACAGUCAGGUGACCUACUACAGGAAGUUUAUCAGGACGGAUGCAUACGUUCGUGCCAUGACGGAGAACAGAGUAGUCAUCACAGAGUUUGGAACAGCAGCCUACCCAGAUCCCUGCAAAAACAUCUUCUCCAGAUUCUUUACUUACUUCAGAGGCAUUGAGGUGACUGAUAACUGCUUAGUGAACAUCUAUCCAGUCGGUGAAGACUUCUACGCUGUCACAGAGACUAAUUACAUCACUAAAGUUGAUCCUGAUUCGCUGGAGACUUUAAAGAAGGUGGACCUGUGUAAGUACCUCUCAGUGAAUGGGGUGACUGCCCACCCCCACACUGACGCAGAUGGCACAGUCUAUAACAUCGGCAACUGCUUUGGCAAAAACAUGAGUCUGGCUUAUAAUAUCAUCAAGAUCCCACCUGCUCAGAAAGACAAGUCAGAUCCUCUUGAGAAAUCCCAAAUUGUGGUUCAACUACCCAGCAGUGAGAGGUUAAAACCCUCCUAUGUACACAGUUUCGGCAUGACAGACAACUACUUUGUGUUUGUGGAGCAGCCGGUGAAGAUCAACUUGUUCAAGUUCCUGUCGGCUUGGAGCAUCAGAGGAGCUACGUACAUGGAUUGCUUUGAAUCCAACGAAAGCUUGGGGACAUGGUUCCACCUGGCCACCAAGGACUCAGCAGGUUACAUGAGCAGCCACAAGUUCAGAACAUCAGCUUUCAACAUCUUCCACCAUAUUAACGCCUACGAGGACCAGGGAUUCAUCGUUGUUGACCUCUGCACGUGGAAAGGCCAUGACUUUGUGUAUAACUACCUGUACCUGGCCAACCUGAAGCAGGAGUGGGAGGAAGUGAAGAAAGCGGCAAUGACAGCUCCUCAGCCCGAGGUUAGACGAUACGUACUGCCGCUGGAUAUACACAGGGAAGAGCAGGGGAAGAAUCUGGUAUCUCUGUCCUACACUACAGCAACUGCUGUUCUUCUUAGUGAUGGCACCAUCUGGCUGGAACCUGAAGUCCUCUUUUCUGGACCAAGACAGGCCUUUGAGUUUCCACAGAUUAACUACUCUCAGUGUUGUGGGAAGAAGUACUCCUUCGCCUACGGCCUGGGACUCAACCACUUCAUCCCCGACAGGAUUGUCAAGCUGAACGUACAGACCAAAGAGACCUGGGUGUGGCAAGAGGAAGAGUGUUACCCAUCAGAGCCGCUGUUUGUACCAACACCUGGAGCCACAGGGGAGGACGAUGGUGUGCUGCUGAGUAUCGUGGUGAAGCCCGGUGCAGAGAGGCCUGGCUUCCUGCUGGUGCUGGAUGCCAUGAAACUGACAGAGCUCGCCAGGGCAGAGGUCAACGCCAUCAUCCCUGUGACCCUCCACGGCAUGUACAAACCACAACCCCGAUCUUCAUCCUAACCCGGCCAAUACACCAGGUUCACUCUCCUGCCUGCCAGCCAACUAUGUCUCUGAUCCAGAUCUGAACCUCAGAAGCCAACAACAGUUACUUUAAAGGGACACUUAGCUGAAGUGCUAUUUAUCCAUCUAGAAUGUUUGGUGUUAGUUGCUGAGUUUUGGAGAUAUCGGAGCAGAGAUGUCUGCCUUCUCUUGAAUAUUAUGGAACCGGAUGGCGCUCUGCUUUUGGCACUCAUAGCAUCUGAAAAAUACAUUUGAAAAACUCAAGAGCAAUUUCUUUUUCCAGAACUCCUUACUCAAGAUAAUCCAGACUUUGCUGUACGCAGUUUCAACAAAGUGUGCAUUUUUGAGCUUGCUAAUGUUACAGCUCAGCAGAGGACACCAUUAAUGUUUACAUCCUGCACAGUCACAAGCACGAGCCUUUCGUCUAUGAGUAGAUGCAAGUUUCCUUCUGCGCAGUGAUACGUAGAGAGAAAAUAGUUCCUACAUGAAAUUGCUCAUAACCAGCUCUGGAUUAUUUGGACUAACGGGUCAUGAUUCCUGGAAAGAGACGCUGCUGUUGAGUCUUUCAAAUGUAGUUUUUUGGCACCAACAAGUGUCACUUUACACACAGACAAAUUCCCUGUAAAACAUAAAGUGUUGAUAUUUAAAGUUAAAGGAUUAUUUUUCCCUU